GAGCAGUUCGAUCUUGAUCUUUAACCUCAGCCAACCCAGACUCAAGAUGCCCUUUAAUCCACACUACUUGUUGGUCGUCCUGACUCUCUGCUGCUUUGCUGCUCUUCACGCGUUUCCUAUGGGUGGCUUUGCUCCACGUGUGACGUGUCGRUGCAUCCGGACGUCCUCUGCCUUCAUCUCUCCGAUGCGGUUUCACAAGUUGGAGAUCUUACCUGCAGGAGCCCACUGUAGCCGCAUUGAGAUCAUCGUAACCAAGAAGGACAAGACCAUCGUCUGUGUGAAUCCAGAGGCAAGAUGGAUCAACAAGGUCAUUUCCCUGUUAAAAAGUAACAAGGGAAGUGCAGGUGUCCCCAUCUCAACCACUACGGACGGCAUCAACAUGAUAGUGGAACAGCCACAGUAAACAUCAUCACAUCAGUCAAUCUGGAGCCAAAUGGAAUGAACACAAUACACGUUUACGUAAUACCAAUGCAUUAAUUUGUAAUAUAGUAAUACCAAAUAAUUUAGUUUCUCUGAAAUUAUCUCUGUACGUAUGUGUUAUUAUUUAAUGUCUUUAUAAUGUAUUGUCUCUAACACAGAAAAAUAAAGAUGUACAAGACAUACUUUUUAAAAUGACAAUUUUAUUGCGUGAGGGGGGACAAUUAUACAAUUGCUGAUGAGCGUGUAUAUUUUAUUUUUAUGUGAACAUUAUUACCCCAAAUAAAUCCAUAAAACUAAACACUGUUUUCAGAGUAAUACAAAAGUUAGCACCUCCACCUCCGAUUGGUUGACAGAUUCCACUCCCAGCAGGAGGUGGGACCUGGGUGGUCGUAGUUUACUCAACUUAAACCCUUUUCCUCUUUGGGGGAGCAUAGGUCAUUCUCAAACUUCCUGGUCAUAGUUUAGGCCUUGUUUCUUGCCCAAACAGCGUCUACUUCCUUGUCCUUGAUCACAUGGUUUUGUAUGAACGUAUUGACACGACCACAUUGACCACAAUCCCUCUGUCCAUACUCUGUGUCAAAUAUGUUUUAUGAUUAGAGGUAAAAAAAACAUUGAAAUCCAACGGUUUUAGGUACACCAUGUAGGAUGGAAGGCUGGGAUGGAUACAUAUGGGUCAGAAACUCAAGACAAACACAUAUUUAAAAAGUGCUUUCUUUUUAAUCACACUAAAACGAUGACCUAGCAAUGGCAUUCAGCUUUAAACCUGAAUUAACAUACUAUAGAUGCUAACAUUUCUCUUCUAAAAGAAAAAGUGGCUUAGGUCUGAAAAGAACAAGUGAUAUUCACCAAAGUCUAGAGUUCACUAUUCAAAAGAUGUCUGCUAACAAAACCUCUAGCAAUUUGAUCACUCUGUGCCAAGUCUACCUAAUUAUGACCCGAAUGAACGAAUAAAAACUKAAUUGAAAUCAAAUAAAAACCUUCCUACAUUCAGAAAGCCACCGGAACGUGUGCAGCUGGGUAGCAGUUGUUUGAGCCUCCGGUCUAGCCGUAGAUAUGAAACCCUCUAUGGGUCUAGAAUGGUCUCCGAGGYGCUACCAGUGGUCACUCUCAAUAUGGCCGACACAAGCAACUGAAUGAUCGUUCCUACUAGUGACGCACGGGUUGACUCAUAACCUGCAGUCCACCCGGUUAUAUCAGUGGGGUGAGGUUUAGGGUCAUGAACUAUUGAGUGGAUGAAGGGAGUGGGUAGUCUUGAGAAAAGAAAAUCUAUAAAUGUAUAAUUCUUGCUCAAUUUUAUAUGUAUAUGCUACACUGAGGCACUAUCUGGCAUUAGUGCUUAAACCUUAAGGCCAAAGCGGGCCAAAUAGCCUACAGCCAAUCACCAGAUGUUUUUGGGAAUGGGCAAAAAAAAGUUAAUGUCGAUCCAAGGAGGAAAAAAAAAAGACAAUGUCGGAGUUAAAUUCAAUAACAGAAGAGCUGCGAAAUAAAUAAUUUUAAAAAAGCGAAGUGAGGGCUAGAAAUGUAAUGUUUGGGAAAUAUUUUGGUGACGUGUUGAAGGAGGAUGAUAGCAGCGGCGGUGGCUACGUUAUGUGUGAUGAUUGUGAGAAGCUAUAUCAAAUUUGACAGUCACGUCAACGGAACUGUAGCCUAAUGUUCAGAUGGGUUGAAUGGAAACUGACACUGACUGUCGGGUCUAUAACUCCUCACAUGGGCCUUAAUAUGAACUCCUGUAGGGAAAAAACAUAUCUAGCAGUAGAAUUAUCAACCAAAUGUAUGCAACAUUUUUUACUCUGGAACAACAGUGGAGAAAUAUUACUUAUUUCAGCAUCUUGACCGAAUGUGAAUGCUCAUUUAGAUACCAUCUGUAGAGCUGCCAUCUGUAGAGCUGCCAUCUGUAGAGCUGCCAUCUGUAGAGCUGCCAUCUUUAUCAGCGUCAUAAAAAUGGAUAGUAUUUCAACCACAUAAAAAUGUACAUCCAAGCAGAACUAAAAUGUUAUCAGAAACACGUUGGUUUGUUUUCACAGCWUUCUAUUUCKUUUCAACCGGUCAAACUGACAUCAUUUGGAAAUUCUGCACAGAAAAUGUUUCCCGUUUAAUAAUACAUUUAAAAAAAUCUCCAGUUAUUGCAUUUUAUCCCCGGUCCCUGAACAUCUUUGCUCCACGAAAGAAGCAGAGAUGACAGAAAAGUUUACCGAUGUCAACUACACUGAAGCGUUCGUUCUAUUGAUUUGAUGACAUUAUUCUGGUGAGCAAGUAUCUAAUGAUAGUUGACUAACAAAUAGCCUACCAACAUGUUGGAAAUUGUAUAAAAUCUUGCACCCACUGUCAAAAAACAACUCAAAUCAGGAAAAGUAAUUCCAUACAUUUAAAAAAUAAAUACUUUUCAAAUAAAUAGCUUAAGUUUAUUGAGAAAAACACUGCAAAUAGAUGCCAUUUUUUCCAAUUAUUGAAUUGGAAUUUCAGUUAACUUUGAUGUGAAUUGCAACAGAAGGGGGCAACCCGAGUGGUAUGAAAAAGGGUUCUGGUGACACUGCGUGGCAUCCCUGUACCUCAUCUACGUUUAACUUCACUUGUCAUAUACCUUCUGAGGUUGGAGCAGGGGAUGAUAGAAGAGAAGAAGGAUGGGAGGGAGGGAGGGAUGGAGAUAGAUGGGAG